ACUAUAAAUGUACAUAAAGCGUUACAGACAAGCUGUGUGAUGAUAAUGUUUAAAUUGUGUUCAGUUCGCAAACAUCUUUACUGUGUUGUAUGAAGUUGUCUGAAUUGCCUUUUCAUAUUUUUGAUUUUGUUCAUCCCUUCCCUUUGUAAUGAUUGAUUUGGGUAUAAAUGUCCUUGGACAGUGCUGAACCAACAAGAAAUGAGGCACACGGCCAAAGAAGCAGCUGUAGUACAGAGUGAAGAAAGCUGAGCACUCCUAUAAUUAAAAUAUGUAUAAAUCUUGGGCUGCAGAGUAGAAGUGCUGAUCUAGGAUCAGUCAAGGCCCUUCGCCUAUAAUGUUGCCGUUUCUUGAAACCUGUCCCUGGACCAGCACUCUUACCCUGAGAUGCUUUAUAAAUACAAAACCUGACCUAGGAUUAGUUUAGCCUCGUCAUCAUUGGAUUGAGAGGAUGCAGGUUCCUUUUUCAUAUGGGGAACUGUUAUUUUACCCACGAGCAAGGUACGUAACCUGAAAUGCUACAGUAAAUAUUGUGGUCAGAUUUUAAUUUGAGUUCCUUUUAAUCAGUAUUCAAAGAGACCACACUAGAAUUAGAAUAAAGUGACAUAAUUUUGUAAUAUGCAACUUUUAUUUAUAAGUAAUUUACGAAAGACAGAGAAGAACAACAAUGUUAUGCUGUGGCACAAUGAGUACAUUAUACUCUUGUCUUUGCUGCUCUGCAGCUCUUACUGAACACUCAGUCUGUCUGGUUGCUGGCUAGACAGGAUUGAGGGUCGUGCUUGUCACGUGACAGAGCGGUGUCAUUUCAGUGAGCGAUGACGCUGAGGGAACUCUGAUCCUUCUCCCAGGCACAAGACUGCCGGCUUAGGUUUCCUACUGAAGCUGGCAUCUUGACCUUACCGUAGGCUUACUCAGAAUCUUCCAUUGUGAGUUUUGGAGCGCAGAGAGGACCCACGGGACCUCUUAUGGUGCACGGUUCGUCGCAAGGGUGAGUUUAGGAACGCAGUCGGAGUUUCAGCUCUCGGAGCUAAUUAGCACAACUCAAAAUCACCAACUCCCAAACAAAACCAGGGUUUCAGUGUUGAUUGGUUCAGUCUGAAUAAGACAUCUAUCCCACAUCUAGAGCGAUUGGUCAGAUCUGCCGUCACUGAUGGCUGUCUGGGUCUCUAAGGUGGGGGCUGGUUCUCUUUUCUUGGGCCUGUAGGGUGAUCACCCUGGCUAAGAUGUAAAGUUUAACUUCUAACUUCGAAGAGUCGUUCCAAAAAUUAGCAACUGGCAUGGCCAGUCCUCUGAUGAUGUUCAUAUUUUCCAGCGGUUUUAUUUUGCAUACGCUGAUGAUAUGAGAGCCUCCGUGCCAUGUGACCUCAGUAGGGACACUGCCAGUUGGCUGAGAAACGAAUGUUUCCCUGUUCAGGGGUGCUUUGGGAUUUAUGAGCCUGGGGAAGGAACAGGGGGCAUUACCGGUUUUCAGACGUCAUGCCAGCCUCAUAAACCAGUCAUAUGCAGGGCUUUUUAACAAAAUUAUUUUCCCAUUUUGAAUUUUGUUCUGUAUUUCUGUAUUUUAUGGUGCAUUUUUGAGAUCUUUUAAGAUCCUUUCCUAGUAAUAUACACAUAUAUUACAUUAUGGCAUUUGGCAGAUGCUCUUAUCCAGGGCACAGUUGAUUAGACUAGCUAAGCAGGAGACAAUCCUCUCCUGGAGCAUUGUAGGGUUAAGGGCCUUGCUCAAGGGCCCACCAGCUGUGCGGAGCUUAUUGUGGCUACACCGGAGAUCGGACCCCUGACCUUGCGUGUCCCAGUCAUGGACCUUAACCAUUACGCUACAGGCCAACCUACAUAUGGUAGUAAAUAGCCACUUUUUUGUUUAUUUGUUAUUAUUAUGGCACACAACAAUAUGGAAGAUUAAAGUAAUGAAAUAGAAGUUAAAGUGGAUAUGUACAGACCUGCUCCCCAUGCGUUUUCCUUUUCACAUGGAGCCCCAAGUGUCCAGAAUAGCCACGCCCAUCCGCUCCUCUUUCUCCCUGCCAGUGGCCCCAGUGAGCAGCCAGCUGCUCCAGUGUUCUUCGCAGUGUCCGAUCACUAUCUGAAUCAUUGGGGUGUUGGGAGUGUGUUGGCAGGAGAGAGGCCAGAACAGAAGUUUGAGGUUUCAUAGUGACGCCCUGUUUCCUGCAGAGCGACUGUCUGGCUGUCUGUGAGCGGAGCCCGCUGUUCCCAGCAGCCCUCCAGAGUUCCAGGCAGGAUGUCGAGCGAUCCCCCUCCUCCCUACCCUGGCGGGCCCACUGCACCCCUAGUGGAAGAGAAGAACGGCAAGCCACCUGUCUCAGGGGCUGUCCCAGUGAUGACCGCGCCCUCCCUCGGACACCCCAUGCCCCCCCACGAACAUCCCGUGUCCCCCCACGGACAUCCCGUGUCCCCCCACGGACACGCCGCGCCCCCCCUCGGACACCCCCUGCCCCCGGAGUACGCGCCCCCACCCUACGAGACCACCAUGCAGCCGGGAUACGUGCCUCCUCACGUGCCUGGAGAGGGAGCCAUGCCGAUGCCGAUGCCCAUGCCCCACCCCCACGCGGGGUAUUAUCCCCCACCUGGGCAUUUCCCCCAGCCGAUCCCGGGGCAGUAUGGGCCGGUCCCCAGUCACUACGCCUCCCCGGUUGGCCACACGGCCACGGUGCUGGCCCCCCCGGGCGGUGCCACCACGGUGACGGUCCUGCAGGGGGAGAUGUUCCAGUCCGCCCCGGUGCAGACGGUGUGUCCCCACUGCCAGCAGGCCAUCAUCACGCGCAUCACCCACGACGUGGGGCUCAUGAACACCCUGUUCUGCCUCUUCUGCUGCUUUGUGGGAUGUGACCUGGGCUGUUGUUUACUCCCCUGCCUGAUCGAUGACCUGAAGGAUGUGACGCAUACCUGCCCAAACUGCAAGGGCUAUAUUUACACAUACAAACGCAUGUGCUAACAGUGCACACACACGUCACACACAUGCAAACACCCACACACACACACACACACACACACGCUCGCACGCACACAAAUGCAAAAACUCUGUUCUCACAGCGCCUCCAGGUGGGAGGUCUGAGUACAUCUCUCAGUCCCUUAUUUCCGUCCAGUGUGCUGUUGUGUUUUCAUUCAGCCUUCUAAUGAUAGCUGCCAUUUUAUCAUUUUAUUGUAAUAUCUGUCCACCUUGUAAAUACUGAAUCACAAAUAAGUAUACAGUGCAGGUCAUGCACCCUGUUACCAUGGGGACAGUUAACAAGGAAAUAUAUAGUCAUCAAAUUAUAGAAGAAUAAAUAAAAGAAAAAAAAACAAGGGAAUUGAGUGCAGGACUUAUGAGGAGAUUGUUUUUCUGUUGUGUUUUGAAAACCUCAAAUAGGUCCCAGUCGCUGGGUUGCCAGCCUGUGCAGACCAACACCCUUCAAUUUUAAGUUGAAGAAAUUAGCAAUGCAGGGAAAAACUGUGGGAAAAGGUCACUUACUGUAAUUAACAUUAAUCUGUGAAACUUGCUAUGUAGCAAUACCAAACAAUCAAGUCAGCAAGGGCAAAGUCAGUAUAUAUUUUUUAUUUGAGUUAUUUAGUUGUUUUAAUUGUAUGUAUAAUUUUAACAUAAUAUUUAAUAUUGAGGCCAAGGCCUGCUUUGACUGAGUCUGUGAAUUCUUCGUUUUUAUCCUCAGUUACCAUUUUAAUGGACAGGAUACUUUUAUCUGCACUGGAGGUAUCUGUAUGUGGAUUACUGUCUUUCCCUUUAAAAUGUGUAGUGUACAGUAUAAUAACGGAGUAGGUACUAGUUGACGCACUUCGUGUGGUAGAGAUCUAUCUAUCUUAAUACACUCAUUUUGAUCUACUCUGGUCUGUGUAGUAGACCUUCAGGCAUUAUUUUCAAAUGACUGGCAAGAUGGCACUAUUUUUCUCCUGGGCUGUUAGAUGAUGCAACAUUUGGUAGAUCCAUUUACAGUUUAGUAGCUUUGUCAUCAUUAGUACAGCCACAUUUUCAUAUUGACUGUUAAGUGAACUUGAUUCCAAGCCCAGCUGUUUGUAAGAGGUCAUGGUAAUUACCAUAUUUACUCAGUACCAUGCCAUUGAGGGAAAUUGUCAUAUCAACAUUACUGUCAUGUCACAAGUGUAUUUCUCCUGUCAAGAAAAACAUAAUUCUAUUCAAUUAAGAGACUGCUAACAAAAAACACAUUCUGUUCAUCUAAAGACUGCAAAUAUCAGUCAUGUUAUCUGUGUCAAAACAUUGCUCAGAGAGGAAGGAGCAGUUCAGAAUAUGAUCCAGGAACCAGUGGAGACGCAUGGUGUUCCACCCGUGUGACUUCAUCAUGCAAGUGUGCCAUGCCAUGCCCAGCCCAUAUGCCAAGCCCCUGGCCCCUGGCCCGACCCUGUGUCUUACUGCUCUCUUCAGCCCCCAUGCUCAGGAGAUACUAGGCCCUGCUCCUGUUUAUACUCUCAGGUGAUUAUAAUAUGGGAUGACAUAUCCUCAGCCAACUGCAGGCUAUUUAACAUGGGAAACAUCAAAGAGUUUCUCACGGGCACGAGUUACAGCAAAGUAACCUCGGGGGGUGUUGGAGCAGUUGCACUCUGAUCUUACUUUGAGUGUUAGUCCUCGAUUGUUUUUCUGCCAUUAUCUAUACAUUUGCUUAUUAUAAGGUUACGUUUUAUGCCGUCCUCGUUUUGUUUUCAGUCAGUCGGUCCGUGGUUGAACAUUCAUUUAAAGUACCGUAUAACUAUUAAAUGCAACUGUUUGUUUCAAAGGUGACUUCCGGUGAUGACUUCCCUUGAAUGGUUGUCCGUUUAAUUGAGCUGUAAUUGCUAAUGUCAAUAUCUCGGUACAAAAAGGCGAUGCCCUUUAUUUAGGUGUCUAACGCAGGGGACUCAAACUCCGGCCCGGGAGGCCUGCAGUGUCUGCAGUUUCCUGUGGUUUCCUUUUUGACCUCAGCCUUGGGAAGUUUGAGAUCCCUGUGGUAAAAGGAGUUGUUUGUUGUUAUUUAAUGUCGAAACGCUUUUCACUGCAGCAUGAGACGCGCAGUAUGAUCGUAAUGCAGCCUGGUCCUAUGCCAUUGAUUGAAGCUCAAGAAAUUUGAUUGGCCAGUUGCCAGUGGCCUUUGCUCAGCUAUUCUGUUUGCCUGAUAGGCUCUCAUUUGCAUUUAAAACAGGGUCACUGAAGCCCUUGUGUAAAACGACAUUGCCUGUGCUUGUGUGCGCUUUUAAAUGAAGCACAUUCGGAAUACCGUCUUUAUCUGUAAGGAACCCUCGUUACCUUGUCACGCCUACCUGCGCUUAACAAUACUGACCAUCACUCGCCGUGUUCAGAGCACGUAGCCUCGUGUGUUACAGCCACGCAUGUCUCCGGUACUGUGAAUGAUUUUUGCAUACUGUCUGGUAUUUUAUUGUCAGUAAUAACACAGGCAUAUACUAGGUUUCUAUUAUACAGGCUAAUUACCCUGAUCACUUACUUUAUGGUUUGGGAAAACUCCGUAUGUACCCAUGUCAUAUCUCCUGAGUAAACCUUUAUGACUUUUUUACAUUUGAUAAAUCUGAUCAUAUUUUCAUAAGCGUACUGUGAGGUGGUGGCUUCUAUUGUUAAUGCUGUUUGAGAACUGGUAACUGUAGCCAGCAUGGUCUUGCCAGAAAAUCCCAUUCAAUGCACAUGAGGGAAGUGUUAUAUCCAGUGAGCAUUGUCUUUUAUUUUUUGGCAGUGCAUGGUCAAGCUUUUCUGAAUAUUUGCAAAAAUCUAGGCUGGUCCCCAUUGUCUUUCAGCACAUUUAGACUGGUCCACAUGCAACGUUAUGAGACGUAGGAGGAACGGUGCAAAAGCAGAGCUCUGUUGGGCACAACGUGUUGUUUUUUUAAUGAAAACGCGUGUGCCUGUAAUGCGACAGAUGGUUCUGUAAUACGAUAGGUGGUUAUUGUUCAGACGGUGUCGCCGUGGCAAGUGAUGUUUAUGCAAAUAAAUGUGUUCCUGUAAACUGAACGGUGUGUGUUGGGCCAUAACUGUUGCAUUAAAAUGUCCAAAAUGAUUCUUUUAACAAUAAAAAGACAAAAAUAAAUAAAUAAAAACAAA